GUAGUCGUUGCUUGAAACAAAUUUCUUAGGAACUAUUUUGUUCAUCGCGGAAGGAUUCCGUUUGCCACGUAUUAAAAAGGUAAAAGCGCUGCUAGCACCGGUUUAUUUGAAGUUUGUUUCCUGGAGGAGACGGACGCAUCUUGAUUAAAGAAAUAUGGAGACUAUUAAACCACAAUUAGAGAAAUAUGGGCAAGAACAUCUUGUUAAGUUCUGGAAUGAACUAAGCAAAGCUGAACAAAGUGGCUAUCUAGCAGAACUGAAGAAAUUGAACUUGGAAGAAAUCACAGGUUACUUUAAAAAUGCCCAGGAGACUCUGAAAGCAGCCAGCAACAAGAUUGAUGAUCUUCUACAACCUCUGCCUUCAGAUGUCUAUGGGAGUUUUCAGGACUCAUCACCAGAACAGUUAGCCAAAUACUAUGAAAAAGGAUUAAAAUUGAUUGCUGAGAACAAAGUGUGUGUGCUGUUGCUGGCUGGUGGUCAAGGGACAAGACUUGGUGUGAAAUAUCCAAAAGGAAUGUAUAAUGUUGGAUUGCCAUCUGGAAAGACUCUUUACCAAUUACAAGCAGAACGCAUUCUUAAACUACAAAAAUUAGCUGGCAACAACUGCAGCAUCCCAUGGUACAUCAUGACCAGUGACCACACGAAAGAAAGCACAGAGCUGUUCUUUGAGAAACACAACUAUUUUGGUCUGAAGAAGGAGAAUGUUGUGAUCUUUCAGCAGUUCUUGCUUCCAUGUAUGACAUUUGAUGGCAAAAUAAUCAACAAUGCUAAAAACAGUUUAGCAAUGGCACCAGAUGGUAAUGGUGGACUGUACAAGGCCCUCAGAGAACAUGAGAUAUUGCAAGACAUGAAAUCCAGGGACAUACAAUAUAUACAUGCAUACUGUGUGGACAAUAUAUUAGUGAAGAUGGCUGACCCUAUAUUUAUAGCUUAUUGUGUUGACAAAAAGGCUGAUUGUGGAGCCAAGGUCGUGAAGAAGGCUUUUCCUACCGAACCAGUGGGUGUUGUCUGUAAAGUUGAUGGAAGAUUCCAAGUUGUGGAAUAUAGUGAAAUAACGACAUCAACAGCAGAGAAACAGGACAAUAACGGACAACUGCUCUUCAAUGCUGGAAAUAUUUGUAAUCAUUUCUUUACUUUAAGUUUUCUGGAUGCUGUUUGUAAGUAAGUUAACUUCUAACUC